AUGGGGUGUUGAUUCGUGCAUUUAAGCUUCAGUUCUAAAGCCAGGCAGAUAAAGUCGACCUCUCUCUCCGACUCUCAAGUUUUUACUCGUUGUCUUGCCUUGCUUUCUGCGUCAGACUUCGUGCUUCUCCACCUCCUCCCAUGGCGGCUAGUCUCUUGGCCGCCACGGCCUCCGAAUCCUUGCGGUUCCUUCAUAUCACCCAUCUCCCCUUGAAACCCACCUUAACCCCAGUCUUCAGCCCUUCAAUCCGCUUCCGGAACACAAUUUUCAAUAAUAUUUCCAAGAGACCAAGCUUAGCCAUCUGUUUUGUGGUGGAUGACAAGAAACAGAGCGACACCCAGAUCGAGACUCAAAACGAGAAGGAAAAAAACUUGGAGCAUUCCGUUGCCCAGAUCUUGACUCCUCGCGUAGCUGAACGAUUAGCUAGAAAGAAAUCAGAGCGGUUCACUUAUCUCGUCGCAGCGGUCAUGUCCAGUUUUGGGAUCACUUCCAUGGCUGUCAUGGCGGUUUAUUCCAGGUUCGCUUGGCAAAUGGAGGGCGGCGAGGUUCCUCUGUCUGAAAUGUUUGGCACAUUUGCCCUCUCUGUUGGUGCUGCCGUUGGUAUGGAAUUUUGGGCGCGAUGGGCCCAUAGAGCUCUCUGGCACGCCUCUUUGUGGGAUAUGCACGAGUCUCACCAUAAACCAAGAGAAGGCCCAUUUGAACUAAACGAUGUGUUCGCCAUUAUCAACGCUGUCCCAGCCAUAGCUCUUCUCUCAUAUGGUUUCUUUCACAAAGGCCUUGUCCCCGGCUUGUGCUUUGGUGCUGGGCUUGGAAUUACAGUGUUUGGUAUGGCCUACAUGUUUGUCCACGAUGGUCUCGUUCACAAGAGAUUCCCAGUGGGUCCCAUUGCCAACGUGCCUUAUUUCAGGAGAGUUGCUGCGGCCCACCAGCUCCACCACUCGGACAAAUUCAAUGGUGUCCCAUAUGGGUUGUUUCUUGGGCCAAAGGAACUCGCAGAGGUGGGAGGAGUAGAAGAGUUAGAGAAGGAGAUCAAGCGAAGAACCAAGUCAUAUAAGAGUUAGGAUCGUUAUACCAGUUUUGGACCAAAUAACAGUGUAGAGAAACUAUAAAGUAAUUGGGCAAUAAGAAAAUUGAUAUUUGAUUUUGGGAAAAUUUUAUUUAUACACUGUAAAAGUGUUAAGUUUACACUACUUUCAGAUUUUUUUUAUUUAAAUCUAUAUUCAUGUAUGAAAUGUCUAAUAUGCCCUUAAAUGAAAAUUAAUCAACACAA